AUGGCGGACGAGGAAGGGCAGGAAGAUGAACUUCUCGCACUCGAAUCAAUUUAUGAAGAAGAAAGAAUGUUUAUCCGUUCACCAGAAGAAAAAGGAGGACAGCUGAACAUUUCUCUCGAUCUUCCGGAUGGGUUUCUUUUGAAAGUACGUUCAUCACAAGUUCCAUCGUCUCUCAGAAGCAAAGCUACUGAAAGCGACUCGGAUCAAGGAAGUACUGCCCGCGGUACUAGUGAUCGUUUGGUUAACCUUCCAAUCAAGCAUUUGCCUCCUAUUGUUCUGAAUUUUGAGUUCCCUAAGGACUACCCUUCCACAUCACCUCCAAACUUUACUCUUUCCUGUAAAUGGCUGACAAGAUUGCAGUUAUCAAGGCUUUGUGAAUACUUGGAUAAUCUAUGGCAAGAGAGGGGACCUGAGGAGAUCAUUUACACAUGGGGCUCUUACAUCAAAGAUGAAGCACUCAGCCUCUUAAAUAUACAAAGUCCAUGUGAACUGCAUUUUGCUAAGAAAACCAAGAGACGAGUUGUAUGUAAAAUGACAAACAUAGGGUCAAGUCCAGUUGACAAACGUGCAAUACAAGAUGUAGGAUCAUAUUCAUCAAUGAUGAAAGCUGUUUUUAAAUUUAAUGAAUCRGAGAUGGAAAGGAUUUUCAACACCAGUUAUUUCAAGUGUGAUGUGUGCCUUAGUGAAAAACAGGGAUCAGUAUGUAUGAGGUUUUAUGAAUGUGGCCAUACUUUUUGCUGUGAUUGUCUGGGAGGAUACUUUACUGUACAGAUAAAGGAAGGSGAUGUCAAGAAUCUAACAUGUCCAACAGAAAAAUGCGAAACGCAGGCACAGCCAUCUCAAGUGAAGAGUCUAGUCAGUYCAGAUUUAUAUGCAAACUACGAGAAGUUUCUGCUCCAAACUACAUUGGAUACAAUGACAGAUGUUGUUUACUGCCCACGUAAAGCAUGCCAGACCAACGUAUUGCUUGAAAAAGAGUCAACURUAGGUCUCUGUCCUAGUUGUGGCUAUGCAUUCUGUAUCUUUUGUAAGAAGACAUCACAUGGUAUCUCUCCAUGCUCAAUAACUGUCUCUGAGUCCAGGAUGCUUAGAGAUGAAUGGAUAAAAUCCAGUGAAGAAGAAAGAUCCCUAAUGGAGAAGAGAUAUGGAAAGCAGAGACUCCAGCGUGUCUUUGAUGAUGUGGUUUCAGAGGAAUGGCUGACAGAAAAUGCUAAAAAAUGUCCAAGUUGUGGGUUCUGUAUUCAAAAAACUGAAGGUUGUAACAAGAUGACCUGCUCCAAGUGUAAAAGUCAUUUUUGUUGGCUGUGCAAUGCCUUGCUUUCUUGUGGUAACCCAUACUUACAUUUCAACAACCCAGGAGAAGGUUGCUUCAAUAGACUUUUUGAAGGACAAGAUAUUGAUGAUGAUUAUGAAGAUGAUGAUGAUGAUGASUGGUUUCUGUAAUAACUGCCAAUUGUUAUUUAAUGACUGCAAAGAUUAUUGGUACUCUAAUUAUUGAUGGUGAUAUUAGUAUUACUGGAACAAUGAUGUAAAACUCCAGAAGUAAGAUAAACAAUAGUUUGAAUAGAAUUGUAGCUGAUAAUUGCAUAAACAUAUCAAAGCAAAGAGUGCUUUUAAUGAAAAUCACAUAUUUUAUGAGAUAAAACAGUAGAUCAAGAAUUAUUUUUAGGAAAAAAUGUUGGUUUAAAAGUAAAGUGAUCGAAAAUAUUUCAUUAUCAAUUCACAACUUAAUGCAAGGGCUCAUUAAUUAGUGUUUCAUGUGAACAGAUAACUGAAAAAAGCAAAUGAACAAAGAACUGAAGGAAUGAAAGAAUGGACUUUGACAUGUUGGAAUAAAUGGAGAGACUCGAGCAUUAUUUCAGUAUCGUAGUAAUCAUCAAUAGAUGUAUUUAAACAGUUUAAACCACACCACAUCUUUUAUUAAAUGGAAGUAGUCAAACGUGUUAUGACUAUUUAUCGUCUUCGGUAAAUCGUCUGAAAACGAUUGACAUGUUUAUAACAACCAAGAUUUCCCUCAGAUAUUCCAUUUCAAUUAGUAAUUUGUUAGUAUUUGAUUACCGUCUGUAGAAUAGAUUUGGGAUUAACCCUUUCACUUUUAGUCAAUUUUCGGCCUAAACUAGCCAAAAUUAAGGUGUAGGUCACCGCUGUAAAUAACAUGAGAAAUGGAAUUAAAAUUCCAACCUUUGAUACUUCGGCUAAUAUUUGAUAAUUAAAAAUAAAGUUCUAAGCGACACAAUUUUAAUUAACACUUAUCCGACCGAUCGAAAACGAAAACUUCCUUAAAUCAGAACUUGGGUCAUAAAUUUUGUAUCCGAAAGAAAAUAUUGCUGAAAAAAAAAAAAAAAAUGCUGA